AUGUUGUACGAUGACAAUAAGUACGAUAUAAGUGAAAGUGAUUUUGAAGAGUCAGAAGCUGUGAUGGACAUUCGUUGCUUGACUCCUCCUUAUCCGGUAAAGUGCCUUCCUUACGCUUACGCAUCUAAACAAUGGCUUCCGACGUUUGUUAACAAAGCUAGAAAAUUUAAAGAGAUGAAGGGUAUUUUGAUUAAUACGGUUGUUGAGUUAGAACCGUAUGCGUUAAAGUUUCUAUCUAGUUAUUGUGAGACUCCUCCUCCUUAUCCAGUAGGACCACUGCUGCAACUCGAGAACGGAGUUGGAGUUGGUGAUUCCAAGGACGAGAAGCAAUCAGAGAUUUUAGGGUGGCUUGACAAGCAACCAAACAGAUCAGUAGUGUUCCUCUGCUUCGGAAGCAUGGGAGGCUUCCGUGAGGAACAAGCAAGAGAAAUUGCCAUUGCGUUGGAACGAACCGGCCACCGUUUCUUGUGGUCUCUCUGUCGUGCAUCUCCGAAUAUAUUCAAAGAAUUUCCAAGACAGUUUACAAAUCUUGAAGAAGUUCUCCCGGAGGGGUUCUUUGAUCGGACAAAGGAGAGAGGGAAAGUGAUUGGAUGGGCUCCGCAGGUGGACGUGCUAGCUAAUCCGGCGGUUGGAGGUUUUUUCACUCACGGUGGUUGA